UUUUUAGCAGACCUAAAAGGGGUGAGAUUUGUGUCACAGACUUUGUUUGAGAUAGGACGUUUGAGGAAAACUGCUCUUGGUAACCAGAGAGAAGAAGAAUUCUUCAGUGGCGGCUGGAAAUGGCAACAAACCUACAUACUGUGUGGCUUCUGCUACUUCUCCAUGCUUCUGGAAGUGCAUUCAAAUUUGACUGGCUCAAAGAAAACCUAGGGCCACAGGAAGGUGAUGUGAGGCUGUUUGGCUCUGCCAGCAUUUCAGAAGGCCGUGUGGAGGUCUACCAUGAUGGAAAAUGGGGAACAGUGUGUGACGACGGCUGGGACAUGGCUGAGGCCCAGGUGGUGUGUCGUCAGCUCCGCUUCCCUGGAGCUAAGUCUUCAGUUGCCGGGAGUGACUACGGACAAGCGACUGGGCCUAUUUGGCUAGAUGAUAUCAACUGUAAAGGCACAGAGAACCAUCUGUUCACUUGUGGUUUCAAAGGCUGGGGAAUAUCUGACUGCACCCACAAGGAGGAUGUCGGAGUUAUUUGUGAAACAGCAAGCAAUAAUAUGGCCAUCGGUGAUUUUUCAUCCUCACUGGACCACAGUUUCAUUCUGUCUGAUGACCUCGACCAAAUCUUUGAGAGUGGAAUGGGCUGCGACUUCUUGAUUCUAGUCCAGAGUGCCACUGGAAACAAACAGGAAGAUGGCACCCUGGAGAUGGUUGGAACAACAAUUUGUGCACAUAAAGUAAUCCUCUCACUAGUCCCGUUCUUCAAUGCCUCAGAGGGGAUUACUAACAUCACGGUCAACGUCAGCCAGACCUGUCAACCGUAUUUUACCUCCUUCAUUAGGUACAUUUACACCCGCAAGAUUGAUGUGACCCUCUCCUCUGUGCAGUGCCUCCACCGGAUAGCUUCUGAGUUUGGGGUGAAGACACUGAUGCAAGACAUAGGCCGAAUGUUAUCUAAAGUCCUCCCAGCAGACGAUUCAUUUGACACCCAGGUGUCGCUUUACAAAUAUGCAGAGGAGACUGGAGACUUGGUUCUCCAGGACAACUGUAUCCAGUACAUGGCCUGGAACUACCAAAACUUGACAAGUUCUCCAGCUUGGACCCACCUGCCUGUGGAGCUCCUUAGAGCCCUCCUAGCCCGCUCAGACCUGGUGGUGCCAGAUGAGUAUUUUCUGCUUCAGACUGUGGAGAGCUGGAUCACGGAGAAGGGUGACUCCAUCAGUUUGGAAGUCCAGGCUGACCUGUUGAGUCGCAUCCGUUUCUCUAUGAUUCCUGCAGAGAAACUUUACGCGCUUGAGUUGAACUCUCUCUGCAACACUCAUAAAGAUAUGUAUCGUGACAGGAUGUUGAAAGCAUUCCAGUUUAAUAUUCUGCUCUUCAGCAAUCUAUCGGCCGACCCUAAGUUCAACAGAGAAGACGAUGAUUACCAGCCAAGGAUCUACAUAGCUAAACCAUGGAGCACUGCUUUUGCCCCUUUGAGCACUUCAUCUCCAUAUUCAUCACGCAACCGCAGGCCGUAUUAUGAAAAUCAAUACGGUCAGACCACAACAAAGGGGUUCUACACGCCUGUCCACAACAGCCUGAUCUUUAAAGACAACACGAUUCAGUGGGAGGCAAAUGUCUUCAGGAGUCAGUCUGAAUGUUCAAACCGAGGGCUGCGCUGCGAGUCAAUUCCCAUGGCAAGGCUGGUUUCCUAUCACCACUCCACCCAGCAGACAAACAUGGUCUUUCGUAACCGGCUCCUGGUGAUGUGCCAGGGCAAGUACAUCUGUCAGGUUCAGGACUUCAAGGUCAACCUGGCUAAUAUUUUUGUAAAUGACACCCAGGGUCUUGCCUACCCCUGUCCUGGUGACCAGUACACCUACCACUUUGUUGUGAGACCAGCGUAUGUCUAAUCCUACAGCAGAGCCAGGCUAAAUAUUUCAGUUUGUCUGUUUUUUAAACAAAAUUAUCUGUGUGAUUGACUUUUUGCAUUAAUUUUUGUUGAAUAACUACAAAUGUAUCACCUGACUGUGAUUUAAUCCAGAUUUUAUCAAGUAUCCCUUCUUGAUUUUGUUAAAUGGCAAACAAAUAAAGUGAUUUCUAGGUCAUUUUCUGUGUGUCAGCACUUUUU